AUGCCGCCGCCGCCGGCGACGCUGCCGGACGAGCUUCUCGAGGAGAUCCUCCUGCGCCUCCCGCCGGAGGACCCCGGGUGCCUCUUCCGGGCCUCCCUCGUCUGCAAGCCCUGGCGCAGCCGCCUCACCGGCACCGCCUUCUCCCGCCUCUACCGCGAGUUCCACCGGACACCUCCCUUGCUGGGAUUCUUCGAGAACGAUGAGACGGUACUGUGCUAUUUUUCUCCCUUGUCCCCCACUUCCCCCUUCUUCCCGGUGCACCCCGGCAAGUGCAGUCUCUUCGUGCUCGACUCGCGCCAUGGACUCGUCCUCUCAAAUACUAUCGGCCCGAGCGGCGAACCCCUCUGCCUCAUCGUGUGGGACCUCGUCGGCCACCGCCAGUGGCGGUUGUCCUUGCCGGAUUUCGUGGACUGGCCAACCUUUCCAGACUGCGCCGCGGCGGUGCUCUGCGCCGCCGAUGGCUGCGACCACCUCAAUUGCCCUGGCGACCCCUUCCGUGUGGUCUAUGUGGGCACCGAUGACGAUGGCGUCGCGCAAGCUUGCGUCUACUCUUCAGAGUCCUGUGCCUGGAGCCCAGUGACGUCUUGUGAGCACCCUGAAUUGCCCCUGCACGUCAGGCUCUCUCGGCCCAAUGCCCUUGUGGGAGAUGCAGUCUAUUUCUUGUGCACUCAGGAAACGGUAGUCCUGCGAUAUGACUUGUUCAGCCAGGAGCUAUCGAUGAUUCACUGGCCAGCCAUGCACAAGUGGAAGUGCAGCUAUAUCCUUAUGCGAAUGGAGGACGAUAUGCUGGGCUGUGCCUAUCUGCAGGAGUCCAGGCUCGAACUAUGGUCGAUGGAGGCUGACACAGACGGAGCUGUGAAAUGGGCAACACGCAGAGUCGUCGACCUCCAGAACUUGCUACCCUCGACCCCCAGAUAUGUGAUUAGCUGCACCGAUGGAUUUCGUGUCUUUUUUGUGCAGACAGAUCUUGGCACUUUCACAGUUGAGCUUAAUUCAGGCCGAGUUAAGAAGGUAUCCAGUAGCAGUGAAGUCAUUCCCUACACGAGGUUCUACACUCCAGACCUAGCUGGGGGCAUAACACCUCCAUCAACCAUGGCGUCCUCCUCAGAGAAUGUUGAGACGACCCAAGACAAGCACCAUGUGGGUGAUGAGAAGGAGAAAUGUGUAGAGAAGGGCGAGGACGAUUUUGACUUGGAGGAGAACGGAUGGGAGGAGGAGGCCGAGGAAGAGGAGUGGGGAUGGGAUGGGGAGAAAGCUGCAAAUGAGCUGUUUGCCAAGGGGUCCAAGGCGAUCGAGGAGGAACAAUUCGUUCACGCCAUUCACUGUUUCGACGAUGUCCUUGAGAGUAGGGUGCUAUUUUAUGGGAGACUUUCUCCAAUGUGCAUUAGCACGUAUUACAAAUAUGGACGUGCUUUGCUGUACAAAGCUCGAGAAGACUUAGUGAAGGGUACAACCAGCAGAGAUGAUACUGGAAGCUCAAAGGCAUCUUGUAGCAAUGUGAAGAAAGGUGAUACUAGAAAAGAUUUGGAUCUGGCCUGGAAAAUGUUACAUAUUGCGAGGGCAAUAAGUGAAAAUUGUCCUUGGAUGCCUAUGGCUAAAGUCGAUACAUAUUGUGCUCUUGCUGAAGUUUCCAUGGAAAGAGAAGACAUAGACUACUCACUCCGUGCUCGGUUCAAAGCUUUAGCCAUCUUGGAGCAUUUGGUUGAGCCUGACCAUUGUCGGAUUGUCGUACUAAACUUCCACAUAUUCCUGGCUUUCACGUCGGCAUCAAAGAUUGGAGACACGCUCCCAUAUGCUGUAAAGGUUAUGUCAUUGUACAAGUCACGUGUGCGGAAGCUGAGAAAGGCUCUCGAAGAUUUGUUGGCUGUUAAAGGUGAGAAUGCACCUGCUGCUGAAGUUGGCUCAGAAGAGUUGUCGCUGGACAAUGAGAUAGAUGUGCUUAAUAAUAUAUUCACUGCACUAGAGAACAAGCUUAAAGACCUGGCGCAAGCAUUACUAACCCCAACCUCAGAGGCAAGUGGUACGCAUAACGUUGUCUAUGCUACACCAAAAGAUGCAUCUUCGACCUUACAAAUUGCUGGACCAAGUAAUUCUAUGUCUACAGCAGCAACAAUCGAGACGCAGAGUAGUACUGGAAUCGACCUUGAGACCGCAGGCCAAGGCAUGAAACAAGCUAGUGCCAAGCUGAUCUCUGCUGAACCUUCUUGUCCCGACAAGCUUUUGGAGGAUUCUUCACCUGUAAAAGGUGAUAGCAGCAACAAAUCCAAUCUUCAUCCUGCAGCUAGGAGUAAAGUACAGCUUUGUUAGCCGUACUUACUGUGACUUGUGCCAUGGAACUUUUUAUCGGGCCAUAUGAUCCCAUUUACUUAGAUGUAAAUUCCUAGAUGGUGAAUGGAUGAGAUCAAUCAAAUCAAUGUUUUCUUCGAUUA